AUGGCAUAUGAUAUUUAUGAAGAUGUUGACGACACAACUGUUCCUGCAAGUGAAGUAAAGUCAGAGAAACCGAAAAGUGACGAAAAACCGAUAGAAGAAGAAAAACCAAAAACUGAAGAUAAACCAAAACCAAAGUUUAGUUUCCAAACUAAACCAAGUCAACCUUCAUUAGCUGGUAUGGGUUGGCGUCAAAGACUUAUGGCAGCAGGCGGUUAUGUAAAGUAA